AUGGUGCUCCUGAAGAUGAAGGAGACUGCGGAGGCUUACCUCGGCACGAAGCUGAACGAUGCCGUGGUUACGGUGCCGGCCUACUUCAACGACUCGCAGCGCCAGGCCACCAAGGAUGCGGGCACCAUCUCGGGGAUGAACGUGCUUCGCAUUAUCAACGAGCCAACCGCAGCGGCCAUUGCCUAUGGCCUGGACAAGAAGGGCUCCGGCGAGAGGAACGUCCUCAUCUAUGACAUGGGUGGCGGCACUUUCGACGUCUCGCUCCUGACCAUCGAGGAUGGCAUUUUCGAGGUGAAGGCCACCGCUGGCGACACCCACUUGGGCGGUGAGGACUUCGACAACCGAGUGGUGGAUUUCUGCAUCCAGGACUUCAAGCGCAAGAACCGCGGCAAGGACAUGGCCGGCAACCAGCGUGCUAUCCGACGUCUGCGGACGCAGUGCGAGCGAGCCAAGCGCACGCUGUCUUCUUCCACGCAGGCCACCAUCGAGAUCGAUUCCCUCUUCGAGG